AUGGGAGAGAGAUCCUCCUCGGUGGCCCGCACACCAGCCAAAACCCCCUCGACACUCAAGCGCCAACCAUCGUCAUCGGCCGGAACCCAAAAGACUAUUGUCCAGUUCUUCUCCAAGUCUGCCAAUGCCUCCUCUCGCUCUACCCCUAAGCCCACGGCUUCGGCCCCCGAUUCGUCUCCAUGCUUGAGAGAGUCGACCCGAACGAAUACUCUUUCUAGAGCUCCGCAACCUUCGAGCAUGACCCCCGUGCCGAGCAGUGAUGCAUUUGAACCCGCGAGCUCUCAGGAGAACAUGGUCACUUCCGCUGUCAAGGUAGCUGCUGAUGACGCCCUACCAUCUCCAUCUACCCCGGCUGAGACUGUCGAUCUGCAGGUUGACACUUUCCGGCCACCUCUGCCCUCUUCGAGCCCGACUCGAAAGUCCAGGAAGCCGAUCAACUACGCCGAGCCUUCCGACGAAGAGGAUGAUGAUCCUUUUGUUCGUAUCCGAGCAUCAGGCACCCGCCGCCGUACCAAGACACCGGCUGCCAUUGCUGACGACGGUGACGACUAUGAGGACGCUGGGAGCAAUGGCGCAGCCGAUGAGGACGAUGACCUGCUUGAUUUCGUCGUUAGCGACGAGUCAGAUGCACCUUCGCAGUCGAAAAAGCGCAAGCGCCGCGAAUCGACAAAGGCAACGCAGUCCCGAAAGAAAUCGAAUGUCUCGUCCCCGAUCAACGAAGAUCAAUAUGACGACGACGACAUUGAUGAGGCUAUGCUAGAUAUCCCCACUACCUCAACCGCUCAGCAGUGGCGUUACGACCCGAACAGCGUUGUUGCUGCCAAAAGCCGGACAGCUAUUGCAUCAACAGCCCGCCGUGCUACGGUGCCCAAGGGCAAAGAGAAAGCACACACUAGGGAGCCAGAGGACCGUUAUCCUUGGCUCGCCAACAUCGUUGACAUGAACAAGAAAGCUCCAGGCGACCCAGACCAUGAUCCGUCCACUGUCUAUAUCCCGCCCAUGGCAUGGAACAAGUUUUCCCCUUUCGAGAAGCAGUAUUGGGAGAUUAAGCAAAAGCUGUGGGACACUGUCGUCUUCUUCAAGAAGGGCAAGUUCUAUGAGCUUUACGAGAAUGACGCCACCAUUGGUCAUCAGCUUUUCGAUUUGAAGCUUACGGAUCGCGUCAAUAUGCGCAUGGUUGGCGUUCCAGAGAGCUCUCUUGAUAUGUGGGUCAAUCAGUUCGUCGCCAAAGGGUACAAAGUUGCCCGGGUUGACCAGAUGGAGUCCGCCCUUGGUAAAGAAAUGAGAGAGAGGGACGACACUUUGGCAAAGAGCAAGAAAACCGACAAAAUCAUCCGCCGGGAGCUGGCAUGUAUUUUGACCGGCGGUACCCUCGUCGACGGAAGCAUGUUGCAGGACGACCUCGCCACAUACUGUGCCUCCAUCAAGGAGUCGACCAUUGACGACAAGCCUGCAUUUGGCAUCACGUUUGUGGAUUGCGCAACUGGUCAAUUCUUCAUCUCGGAAUUUGAGGACGAUGCUGAUCUGACAAAAUUCGAGACAUUUGUCGCCCAGACCAGCCCGAGAGAGCUGAUAUUGGAGAAGUCCCGGAUUUCGACAAAGGCUCUUCGGAUUCUGAAGAACAACACGUCGCCUAUGACCAUUUGGAAUUACCUCAAACCAAGCAGCGAGUUCUGGGACGCCGAUGUCAGUCGCCGGGAGCUGGACAAUAGCGGCUACUUCGCCAAAGAGGAUGGCGGCGAAGAAGCCUGGCCCGAGACAUUGGCUCAAGCUAGAAACAAGGAUUUGCUCAUGUCUGCUUUUGGCGCCUUGGUCCAAUACCUCAGAGUAUUGAAACUGGAGGGCGAUCUACUGUCUCAGGGUAACUUUGAGUGGUACACACCCAUUCGGCGCAAUGGUACACUCAUCCUGGACGGCCAGACUCUUAUUAACUUGGAGGUCUUCUCCAACACCGUGAAUGGCGGACCUGAAGGCUCACUGUUCACUCUUCUCAACCGAUGCGUUACCCCGUUUGGCAAACGGCUGUUCCGCCAGUGGGUGUGCCAUCCUCUUUGCGACAUCAAGAAGAUCAACGAGCGGCUCGAUGCCGUCGACAUGCUUAACUCUGACAGAGGCGUGCGAGAGCAGUUUACAUCUCAAAUGACAAAGAUGCCAGACCUGGAGCGCCUCAUCUCUAGGAUACACGCUGCGUCGUGCAAGCCGGAAGACUUUGUGCGUGUUCUGGAAGGUUUCGAACAGAUUGAGUACACCAUGAGUCUUCUGAGUGCAUUUGGUGGCGGCAACGGUCUCGUUGACCGGCUUCUGGCUUCCAUGCCCAAUCUUAGCGAACCUCUUUCCUACUGGAAGACCGCUUUUGAUCGGAAGAAGGCUAAGGAUGAGAGAAUUUUCAUCCCAGAACGGAGCAUCGAGCAAGAUUUCGACAACAGCCAAGAUCGCAUCGAGGAAAUCAAACAGGAGCUCCAGACGCUACUCGGAAAGAAGAAGUCAGAGUUGAAGUGCAAGACACUAAAGUUCACCGACGUGGGCAAGGAGAUUUACCAGAUUGAGGCCCCCAAGGCUGUGAAGGUGCCGAGCAACUGGCGCCAAAUGUCAGCAACUUCAAGUGUCAAGCGGUAUUACUUCGAAGAACUUACAGAACUGGUGCGCGAACUGCAGGAAGCGGAGGAAACGCAUUCACAGAUCGUCAAAGAGGUUGCCCAGCGGUUCUUCCGGCGUUUCGAUGCAGACUACGAGACGUGGUCACAGUCAAUCAGAAUCAUAUCGCAGCUCGACUGUCUCAUUAGUCUUGCCAAGGCGUCGUCCUCGCUGGGCGAACCAAGCUGCCGCCCACAGUUUGUCGACCAGGAACGCAGCGUUGUCGAGUUCGAAGAGCUGCGCCAUCCCUGUAUGCUGAACGCCGUCGCCGAUUUCAUCCCCAACGAUGUACAGCUCGGUGGCGACUCUGCAAAGAUAAACCUUUUGACAGGUGCGAACGCCGCGGGCAAAUCCACCGUAUUGCGAAUGUCGACUUUCUUUGUGGAGUUGUCGGAAACCAAAAAGAUCCUGUCAGAGGCCACACCUCGGUCGUUGGUCAUCCUGGACGAACUGGGACGUGGAACCAGUUCCUACGACGGUGUAGCAGUUGCACAGGCUGUCUUGCAUCAUGUGGCGACACAUGUGGGCUGCGUGGGCUUCUUCGCGACUCACUACCAUUCUCUCGCCACGGAGUUUGAGAAUCACCCCGAGAUCCGGCCUCGCCGCAUGCAAAUCCACGUCGACGAGGAGCAGCGGCGUGUGACGUUCCUCUACAAGCUGGAGGAUGGUGUCGCUGAGGGCAGUUUUGGAAUGCACUGCGCAGCCAUGUGCGGCAUCUCCAAUCGUGUCAUUGAGCGUGCCGAGGUAGCAGCCAGGGAAUGGGAACACACCAGCAGGCUCAAGGAGAGCUUGGAGAAGGCCAAAUCAGGCUGCUAUAUCCCCCUCGGCAUUUUAAGCGACGUAUCGUCUCUGCUCAAUGGUGGCGAUGAGAUCGAAAAAAGUGGUAUCGAAGUAUUGCUUAGGGCUGUCGAGGCACUUUAG